AUGGAGGGUGCGCUUAUGACGAGCACCAGGGCGAAUGCAUCCUUCGGACCCUCGACAAAGGAAGCUCAGGGAGGCUCAGUCUUGGAUGCACAGCAGAAAGGGCCUCGCAGCGAGUUGAUCCCUUUCUUGGAGACCGGAAUCAGUUCACUCAUCAAUCGCGAUGAGCUGAUGCUGGCCGAUCAGCUGGCAGCAGGCUUUGGUUUUGAAAGUUGGGAUCAGAAGCUGGCAAUGGCUUUGUCGUCGGUUGCUGGCGGCAAGCACCAACAGGCUGUGCAUCGUCUGAAAUCGGAACAGUCACCGCUCGAGCCUAGCGACAAUGCCCUCACAGCCGCAGAGCAAGGCGAUGCAGAGCCACUACUCAACGAAUUGGGAUCGCACUGCUCGGAGAGAAUCGCUCUAUACUGCCGCCGAUGUCGAGUAUUCUACUCAGUGUCUAGAAACAUUGGGAUGGACUAUCAAGAGGUGGAGAAGGUGGAGCCAACCAAGCUGCUCUCUCUUCUUCUUAGCCCGCAGCCGUAUUGUGCGGACUUCGGGCUCUGCAGGAACCUCAUCACAGGCUUUCCCCGGCCGCUAGACGCAGGGGCAGUGGCUGAGGUUCUCGUGGACUCCUUUAUUGAGUCGAUGCUGUCGCAGGGUGUGAUGCGGUGGGCAGAAGAGAAGCUCGAUGAGUUCGUGUCUUUGCUGAGCCCUUCGCAGGAACUGUUGGGCAAUGCGGCGCUCAGAAGAAUUCCAAGCUUCAGGGAGCUGGUGAAAACCGAAGCAUCGAAAGAUGGUUCCAUGCCCGUCACAAGCCAGGUUCCGGAUCCAGAGACAGAGGUAGAGGUUUUGGUUAUGGCCUACCAUUCCUACGUUCAGGCCUGCUGUGAGCGAUCUGUCAGCGAGUUGCUCCGCCUGCUUCAAGCCAGAACAGAGUUCUAUGUGCUUCGGGGACACUUUCAUUUGCUUGUUCGCCUGCUAGUAGCCAUACCAGAAUACCAUGCAAUGGAAUACAUUUUCGGGCAUCUGGUUUGGCAUGGAGAGCUUCAGACUCUGCUCGUCGAGGGUAGGCGACGAGGGCAGGACUCCUCCAAGUGUGGACAGCACUCGGCGCUUGCCGUGGCCCUUAUCAGGUAUUUGCAGGUAAAUUUCCCUUUGGACCUGGAGAUGCUUGUCCAGGUGCACUGCAGCUUUGGCCUGGAAGCAGAGCUAGCAGAACUACUGGAGUCGAAGGCUGGUCAAGUCGCGCAGCGCCUAGGCAGGAAGUGGACCGACAUCUGCUCUGAGGCUGGGGAGGAGCAGCUCCUUCUCUGUCUCUCCAUGUAUUUGGAAUGUGCACGCCUCUUUCUGAAGGGAAAGCGUCACCAGCGGCACCUUGUGGCCAACGAGCUUGCCGCAUUGAUCUGUUUGCAGCUCAAGGCGGUUCAAAUCCAUUUGGCGGCCUCCCUUCACGAGCAGACAGCCGCUGCAGCCUAUCAGGAGAGCUUUGACUGGGCAGCCGUUCCAGCUGAUGGUCCAGAAGCUUUAGCGAAUGCCUUGGUAGAUGCCACAGGACGUCAGAAGGGCUGGGGGGAGCCUGAAGUUGUGGACGGUGCCGAAAACGCGUUCAGCAUGCCUCUUGAGGAGAUUCCUGGAGUGGGUGAGGACAGCAGCAGCUGGCCACUGCAUGCCCACAUCCGAGGUACGGGCGGCAUGGGGUUUCUGAAGCAGGACGCCGCAAGAAGUCCAGAACAGUCGUUGCGAGCGUUACCAUCGCUGUCGCUGGGACCAGCUGGUGAUGUCUUUGUGGUCAUCAACCUUACGCCUUCGGAGGUGGAGGUCUUUGCGGAGUAUCACCAAGACUUCAUAGCCACACACGAAGUUGUCAGUGCCUAUCGCCACUCACAUGGUGAGAGACUCUUCAAGGUCUGGCCCAGGGCUUUAUACAGACAAGUUGUUCUGCUCGGCAACCGCCUGUACCUGCAGCUCUUCUUGCAACAUCUCCCGCUCACCAAGGAGUGGUUGGGUGCCAUUGUCCAGCUGUACUUGGAUGAGCCUUGCCCUGAACAGUUCUCCGCAAGGAUGUUGAGAAUGAAGCAGUUUCUGAGAGAGGGUGUGACCAACUUGGAAACUCGGUAUCAAUUGGCUCGUCAGCUUGGACCUGGCUUUACCGACAUUACGAUCGAAACAGCUUCGCUUGUGUAUAUGGCGUAG